GCAGGACGCGAGGGCCGGGGGGCCGAGGGGGUGUCCCAUGGGGAACACGUUGACCUGUUGCGUGUCCCCGGAUGCCAGCCCCAAACUCAGCCGGGGUGCGGGGGCGGCGGGCCCGGAGCGCCGGCUGGAUGCCUACGACGCAGGAGCCGGGGACGCGGUGCUGGCGGCCGCAGAGCCCAAGGAGACGGACUCGGCGGGAGGCGAGGGACCGCACCUGCAGCACAUCAGCGACCGAGAGUUUCCCGACGAUUUAGCCAUGGAAUCAAACCCAUCUGAUCAUCCCAGAGCAAGCACAAUAUUUUUGAGCAAAUCCCAGACUGAUGUGAGAGAAAAGAGGAAGAGCAACCAUAUAAACCAUUUGUCUCCAGGGCAGCUCACUAAAAAGUAUAGCUCAUGCUCAACAAUAUUUAUAGAUGACAGCACAGUCAGCCAGCCUAAUCUCAGAAGCACAAUCAAGUGUGUGACGUUAGCAAUAUACUACCACAUAAAAAACAGAGAUUCAGAUAGAUCCUUGGAUAUUUUUGAUGAGAAAUCCCAUCCACUCACACGUGAUGAUGUUCCUGAUGAUUACUUCAAGCAUGACCCCGAUCACAAGCAUAUUUACCGAUUUGUCCGGACUCUCUUUAGUGCUGCACAGCUAACAGCAGAAUGUGCAAUAGUCACUUUGGUUUACUUAGAAAGACUUUUAACUUAUGCUGAGAUUGACAUUUGCCCAAGUAACUGGAAAAGAAUUGUUUUGGGAGCCAUUCUUCUUGCUUCCAAGGUUUGGGAUGAUCAGGCAGUUUGGAAUGUGGACUAUUGCCAGAUCUUGAAGGACAUUACAGUUGAGGACAUGAAUGAGAUGGAAAGACACUUCUUGGAGCUCCUGCAGUUUAAUAUUAAUGUUCCUGCCAGUGUUUAUGCCAAAUACUACUUUGACCUUCGCUCCUUAGCAGAUGACAACAACUUGAGUUUUCUGCUGGAGCCUCUCAGCAAAGAGCGAGCACAGAAACUUGAGGCUAUUUCCAGACUGUGCGAAGACAAAUACAAAGACUUGUCCAAAGCUGCCAUGAGACGAUCUUUCAGUGCUGAUAAUUUAGUCGGUAUUCGCCGUUCUAAUGCCAUCCUCUCCUGAAGGAGAAGUGAGGUGCGAUGGGUCAGAAAGCCAGCGUCCACAGAGAGCGGGGGAACGCUCCCUGCCCGACAACCAGCACGUGGUGGUUUCAGCGAGAGGAAGGGCACUGACUCCAAGGGACUCGGGAACCUGAGGAUCACACUCCAUAGGAAAGAUGGGACCUUGUCAAAGCAGCACAUUCUCCUGUCCUUUUUAAUGUAUCCAGAGGUGCAAAAACAAACUUUAUAAUGAAACUUCCUGAAUCCCACCCCACACACAGAUGUUUGCUUACUGUGUAGGCCUAUAGCUGUGAACUAUGUAAGUUUUUUUUUUAAUUAGUAGUUUUAAAUUUUAACAUUUAAACACUAACCAUGUGACUCUAGUUAAAAAGUUCCCUCUACCUUCCAGCCACUCCAGAACCUUGCUGCAUAUGCCUUUCAGAGUCAAUGCAGUAUUAACCUUAGAACGUGGGACUCUUAAUAAAACAUCAAGCCUCUUAGGAGCAGAUACUGUA